AUGCAGAGUCCCUCAUGCUCGGCGAGACCUUCCUUUGGCGUCUGCUGGCUGGCUGUCCAGGGCGGUGACGUCGACGCCAGGCGCAGUAUUUCCAAAAACGGGAGUCAGGAUCCGCGACCCCAGACGGCUUGGCCUGGCAGGCCGUGGACCCAGAAGCCAAAAGCGUCGAGCGAGACAACAGCUUCGUUGAAGAUGGCAAAACCCCUCGUCGCCCUUCGGAGCAAAAGGGCCGCCACGGCGCACACAGUGGCUUUGUCGUACAGGCCUGCAAGCCGGAAUGGCGCAAAGUCAAAAACCAGCAUCGACGGAAACAGGGGCGGGGCAGAGAAAGGCAUCCGGGCCAGCAUGGCCAUUGUGUGA